AUGAAGUCCAUCGCAGCCGCCGCCACUCUCCUCAGCCUCCUCCACGGAGCCACCGCCUCCAUCACCUGGGGCACCAUGUGCACCGGCACCGAGUUCACGGGCACCUGCACAAACUAUCAGAGCACCAAUGUGAACCAAUGCAUCUCCUUCGCCGGCAAGGACGCGAGCUGGAAUGAUAAAGUCCAGUCCGUCAGCGUCUGGGAUGGCAAUGUCUGUACCUUCUGGAUCGAUGUCGGCUGCAGCGGCUCCAGCAGUGGAGCGCUGGAGGGGGCGUUUGCCACCAUUGGCCAGCCUAAGCAGUGGAGUUCGUUCGCCUGCAACUAUGCCUAG